GGUAAAACCCUAGUUCAUUUCGUGCUUACGUUUCAAGUUUUGAAGCUCUCAACAGAGGCAUAGUUCCUUGCUUCGUUCGCUCGCACCAAGAGGCUACAACAUGAAGUUUAACAUUGCGAAUCCAACCACUGGCUGCCAGAAGAAGCUCGAGAUCGAUGACGAUCAAAAGCUUCGAGCAUUUUGGGACAAGAGGAUUUCGCAGGAGGUCAGCGGAGAUGCUCUGGGUGAGGAGUUUAAAGGAUAUGUCUUCAAAAUCACUGGUGGUUGUGACAAACAAGGAUUCCCAAUGAAGCAGGGAGUGCUAACACCUGGUCGUGUUCGUCUGUUGCUCCACAGAGGAACACCUUGCUUUCGUGGAUAUGGAAGGCGCAAUGGGGAGCGUAGGAGGAAGUCUGUCCGUGGGUGCAUUGUUAGCCCAGACCUCUCUGUUCUGAACUUGGUAAUCGUUAAGAAGGGUGAAAAUGAUUUACCAGGGUUGACUGAUGUUGAAAAGCCAAGAAUGAGGGGUCCAAAGAGAGCAUCCAAAAUUCGUAAGCUGUUCAACCUGUCUAAGGAAGAUGAUGUGAGGAAGUAUGUCAACACAUACCGUCGAACCUUCACAACAAAAGCUGGGAAAAAGGUGAGCAAAGCUCCUAAGAUUCAACGACUGGUCACUCCAUUGACACUGCAAAGAAAGCGGGCAAGGAUUGCUGAUAAGAAGAAGAGAAUCGCAAAGGCAAAAUCCGAGGCAGCUGAGUAUCAGAAACUUCUUGCCUCCAGGUUGAAGGAGCAGAGGGAGCGCCGCAGUGAGAGUUUGGCCAAGAGGAGAUCCAAGCUUUCCAGCGUUUCUAAACAAGCUGCCACUGUGUAGGCCACUGCUCUCACAGACAUGGUGAAUUUUAACCCUCAUCGUAGUUUUGGUAGUUUCACUCCAUGAUGGCUGCUUUAUCCUAAACGAUUAUGGUUUUGCUAUUUAAACAUACUUGAGUAUAUUCAAUAUUUGUUGAUGUUGUAUUUGGAAUGACCUAGUUGUGAAUUUUGGCCUGCUUGAAUUUUGUAUCCGUUUAUGUACUAUGUAGCUUGUUGGUAUUUGUGAACUUAAAUAUAUUUUUCUCUUCAUUAUAUA